GCCGCGCGCGAUGCCGAGCGCUGAGGAUCUGGCGCUGCUAGCUGCAGAGAACGCAGAAGAGGAAACCGGCUCCGACCCGAGACUGCGUCUCCUGGGGGCCUACGUGGCUCAGAGCCUGCGGCCGGCGGCGGGUGCAUGGGAGCGCUGCACCGGGACAACCGAGGCUGAGCAUCUGCUUCAGGCCUUCCUGGGCUGCGAUGCUGCAGAGGGGCCGAGGCCAUUGCUGGUGGUGCGGCCGGGACCCGGGGGCCUGGCGAUGCGACAGGGGAUGGACGCGGGACCCGAGUCCGGCCCGGCUCGAGCCAAGGGAUUGUUCUUCCUGCGCACCAGGCCCGAGCCUCCAGGGCCCACCAGCCUCCGAGGGGCAGUACUCUGCGGGGACCUGCCCGCUGCGCCUCUGGAGCACCUAGCCGCGCUAAUCUCCGAGGUUGUUGUACCUGUCCUGGCCAACAAGAAGAACCACUUAGGCUGGCCCCAUAUGGUAUGCCAAGAUGUUAGGAGGCAAGCCCACACCCUUCAGUGUGACCUCCUUGUUAUCCUGGAACAAGUGAAGGGGAGAACAUUGCUGCCUCUUCCAGUAGGCUCAGAGAAAGUGGAGUUUGUGGAUCCCGAAAGUGAGACAGUCUUAGAAUCCAUAGAUAAGUCAACCAUCUAUGCCAUUGAGACUGCAGUGAUCAAGUGGACCCACCAAGUCCAGGUGGUGCUUAAGAGAGAGUCUUCUCAAUCAUUCUUACAAGGGGAGAAUCCCACCCCCAAGGUAGAACUGGAUUUCUGGAAGAAAAGGAAUGAGGAUCUGGAGUACAUUUAUAAUCAGCUGAGAACGAUGAAGGUGAGGGGGAUGGCUGGGAUCCUGGACAAGCUUCAGAGCAGCUACUUUCCAGCAUUCAAAGCCAUGUUUAGAGAUGUUACAGCAGCUCUGAAAGAGGCUCAAGACAUCUACACGCACCUGUUACCACUCCAAGGCCACCUGGAGGUCCUGGAAAGCCUAGAGUUUCCCCAGCUGAAGCCCCGGCUGCAGCCCCUUCUCCAUGUGGUCUGUCUGAUUUGGGCUACAUGCACAUGCUACCGCUCUCCUGGGAGGCUCACGGCGCUGCUCCAGGAGAUGUGCAACCUUCUCAUCGAGCAGGCUUCUAACUACCUCAGCCCAGAACAUCUCCUGAGAAAUGAGAUAGAAGAAAGUCAGAGGAAACUGCAGGUGGCCUUGGAUACCUUGAGUUUCUUCAAGCACGUGUUUCAGGACAGAAGGGAGAAUCUCUAUAUUUACUUCAAAGAGAGUGAGGAGGUCAAGGAAUGGGAUUUCCAGUCUUCUUUGGUCUUUGUGCGCCUGGAUAUCUUCCUGGGCCGACUGCAUACAGUGGAGGAUCUUCUGAAGACAGCCUUGGAUUUCCACAAACUGGAAAAACUGGAGUUUAGUGGCAUCAGGGGGAACGCCCUGACUCAGCAGGUGCACCAAAUGUACGAGGAGUUCCAGGAGAUGUACAAAGUCUUCUCUGAGUACUCCUAUGAUUGCUUGGACCCCCACAGCAGGGAAUUUGAAAAUGACAUCUCUAGAUUUAACCAGAAGGUAGAAGAUCUUGACCGGAGAUUGGCAACCAUCUUUAUUCAAGCCUUUGAUGAUACACCUGACCUGGAGCAUGCCUUUAAGCUGCUCGACAUAGCAGGAAACCUCCUUGAAAGACCACUGGUAGCACAAGACACAUCAGAUAAAUACCUUGUGCUCAUCAGGAUGUUCAACAAAGACCUAGAUGCAGUCAGGAUAAUCUACAAUCAGCACAUCCAGGAGGCAAAGCUUGGGUUCUUGCCAGUGCACAAGAACAUGCCCACCCUGGCUGGGAGCCUCCGCUGGGCACAGGAGCUGAGGCAGCGCAUCCAGGGCCCUUUCAGCAACUUCAGGCGCAUCACACACCCUUGCAUGGAAUCUGUUGAAGGAAAGCGAAUGAUACAACAAUACGAAUCUAUGUGCUCAUUGCUGGAAAGCUAUGAGACAAGGCUGUAUGAAGACUGGUGUCAGUCAGUGUCAGAGAAAUCACAGUACAACCUCUCUCAACCACUUUUGCAACGUGAGCCUCAGACAAAGCGGAUCACUGUCAACUUCAACCCACAGCUGACUUCGGUGCUGAAAGAAAUGAGCUAUCUUGAGCCUGGAGCUAUGAAGCACAUCCCUGAGACAGCAGCAGAGCUGUCAUCCUCCAGGGAAUUCUAUCGGCAGCUUGUGGCCAAUUUGGAUUCGAUGGCAAAUUGGUACAACAAGGUUAUGACAACUUUGCUAGAGGUGGAACUUCCCCUAGUGGAGGGAGAGCUGCAAAAUAUUGAUCUCUGCCUGAGAGCUGCAGAAGAGACUCUGAACUGGAAAACAGCAGGAAUUUGGGAUUAUGUUAUUCAAAUCACCAAUAGUAUUCAUGAUCUUGAACAAAGAAUUCAGAAAACUAAAGACAAUGUGGAAGAGAUUCAAAACAUCAUGAAAACAUGGGUGACUCCAAUGUUUAAAAGAAAAGAUGGGAAAAAGGAAUGUCUUCUCUCUCUGGAUGACCAACAUGAUCAAAUUGAAAGAUAUUACAGUCUCAUCAAGGAAUCUGGCCUUAAAAUUCAUGCUCUUGUUCAGGAAAAUCUGGGUCUGUUUUCAGCAGACCCAGCCUCCAAUAUCUGGAAGAAUUAUAUUAACUAUAUUGAUGACAUGUUGCAGAAUGGAUUAUUUCUUGCUAUCAAGUGCUCACUCAAAUACCUCUUGGAAAAUACCGAGUGUAAGGCGGGACUCACCCCAAUAUUUGAAGCACAACUCAGCCUUGCCAUCCCAGAAUUAGUUUUCCAUCCCUCUAUGGAAUCUGGAGUGAAGGGUGGCUUCGGUGACAUCAUUGAAGAUCUUGUCACUAGCACUUUUGGGAUAGCGUCUCUGGUACCACGGCUUUCCCUGCACAAUGGCUCUGCCCACUAUCAGGUCACCCUGGAGGGCAUGGCUGACUUGGCCAGUAUGCGAGACACGCUCAAGCAGAGGGUCCAAAGCAUGAUGACCCUCUGCUAUGGCUAUCGGAACACAUUCAGUCAGUAUUCCUACCUCUACGUGGAGGACCGCAAGGAGGUCUUGGGCCAGUUUCUGUUGUAUGGUCAUAUCCUUACCCCGGAGGAGAUUGAAGCUCAUGCAGAAGAAGGCAUCCCAGAGAGUCCACCCCUCCUCCAUCAGUUCAAAGCACAAAUUGACUCUUACGAAAAGCUCUAUGAAGAAGUGUGCAGCCUGGAGCCCACCAAGGUGUUUGACAGCUGGAUGAAAAUCGACGUGCGGCCCUUUAAGGCAUCUCUGAUGAAUAUAAUUAAAAAGUGGAGCCUCAUGUUUAAACAGCAUCUCGUUGACUAUGUCACUAACAGCCUGGAUGAUCUUGAAGCUUUCAUAGAAAGCAGUGAGAGUGGCUUACUCAAGGAACUCAAGAAAGGAGAUCUCCAAGGAUUGGUUGAGGUCAUGGGACACCUUGUGGCUCUUAAAGAGCGGCAGAGCAGCACUGAUGAAAUGUUUGAGCCCCUCAGGCAAACCAUCGAAUUACUGAAAACCUAUGACCAAGAAUUGCCCGAAGCUGUGUUUAAGCAACUGGAGGAGCUACCUGAAAAAUGGAACCACAUGAAGAAACUGGCCAUCACCAUUCGGCAGCAGGUGGCUCCCCUGCAGGCAAACGAAGUGACCAUCCUUCGCCAGAGGUGCACUGACUUUGACGUGGAGCAGCAGCAGUUCUGGGAAAGAUUCCACCAGGAAGCCCCCUUCAGGUUUGAUAGCAUCACUCCUCACCAAAUCCUGGACAUGAGGCACAUCGAGAUCCAACAGAUGGAAUCCACCAUGGCCUCCAUUUCUGAGUCCGCUGGCUUGUUUGAAGUCAGCAUUCCUGACUACAAGCAGCUGAAGAAGUGCAGGAAGGAAGCCUGCCAGCUGAAGGCGUUGUGGGACACUAUCGGCAUGGUGACCUCCAGUAUCCGUGCCUGGGAAGCCACCGCGUGGAGGGACAUCAAUGUGGAAGCAAUGGACACGGAAUGCAAAUGGUUUGCCCGACAUAUCCGUAACCUCGACAAGGAGGUCAGGACCUGGGAUGCCUUCAUGGGCCUAGAAAGAACUGUGAUAAACACCCUAACUUCCUUACGGGCAGUCAAUGAGCUACAGAACCCUGCCAUCCGAGAGCGACACUGGAAACAGCUGAUGCACGCCACGGGUGUGAGCUUCACGAUAGACAAAGACACCACCCUGGCCCACCUCCUGCAGCUCCAGCUGCACCUCUUUGAGGAUGAGGUCCGGGGCAUUGUAGACAAAGCUGUGAAAGAGAUGGCGAUGGAGAAGGUCCUGAGGGAACUGCAGAGCACUUGGGCUAGUAUGGAAUUCCAGUAUGAGCCCCACCCGAGGACCCACGUCCCCCUUAUGAGGUCAGAUGAGGACCUCAUUGAGGUACUAGAAGAUAAUCAAGUCCAACUUCAGAACUUGAUGAUGUCCAAGUACGUUGCCUUCUUCCUGGAGGAAGUAUCAGGCUGGCAAAAGAAGCUGUCCACUGCUGAUGCUGUCAUCUGCAUCUGGCUGGAGGUGCAGCGCACCUGGUCUCACCUGGAAAGUAUAUUCAUUGGAUCUGAAGAUAUCCGUGCUCAGCUACCCCAGGUACUUGCAAAGGAAAUCUUUCUAUUGAGCCUGUGUGAGAAAGCGCUGGCAGAGUACCUGGACACCAAGAGGCUCGCCUUCCCUCGGUUCUAUUUUCUCUCGUCUUCUGAUCUGCUAGACAUUCUUUCCAACGGCACAGAUCCUCAACAGGUACAACAUCACCUUUCCAAACUAUUUGACAAUAUGGCCAAGAUGCAAUUCCAGCUAGAUACUUGUGACAACCCAACCAAGAUAAGUCUUGGCAUGUAUAGCAAAGAGGAAGAAUAUGUGGCCUUCAGUGAACCUUGUGAUUGUAACUUUCAGGUAGAAGUAUGGUUGAAUAAUGUGCUUGCUCACAUGAAAGCCACCGUGAGACAUGAGAUGAUGGAAGGAGUAACCACCUAUGAGGAAAAACCAAGGGAACAAUGGCUCUUUGACUAUCCAGCUCAGGUGGCCCUCACCUGCACUCAGAUCUGGUGGACGACAGAGGUAGGCAUCGCAUUUGCCAGGCUGGAGGAAGGUUAUGAGAAUGCCAUGAAGGACUACUAUAAGAAGCAAGUGGCCCAGCUCAAAACUCUCAUCACCAUGUUGAUUGGCCAGCUCUCCAAGGGAGACCGCCAGAAGAUCAUGACCAUAUGCACCAUUGACGUGCAUGCCCGAGAUGUGGUGGGCAAGAUGGUCUCUCAGAAGGUGGACAAUGCCCAGGCUUUCCUCUGGUUGUCCCAGCUGCGUCACCGUUGGGACGAUGAGGCCAAACAUUGCUUUGCUAACAUCUGUGAUGCCCAGUUUCUAUAUUCCUAUGAGUACCUUGGAAAUACACCCCGCCUGGUGAUCACACCUUUGACGGACAGGUGCUACAUCACUCUCACCCAGUCUCUGCACCUGACCAUGAGUGGAGCUCCAGCAGGACCUGCAGGCACAGGCAAGACGGAAACAACCAAGGACCUAGGCCGAGCCCUGGGCAUCAUGGUCUACGUGUUCAACUGCUCAGAGCAGAUGGACUACAAGUCCUGUGGCAGCAUCUACAAAGGCCUUGCUCAGACCGGAGCCUGGGGCUGCUUUGAUGAAUUUAAUCGAAUCUCCGUGGAGGUCUUGUCUGUUGUGGCAGUGCAGGUUAAAAGCAUCCAAGAUGCAAUCAGAGAUAAGAAGCAGCAGUUCAACUUUCUGGGGGAAGAGAUUAAGCUGAAUCUUUCUGUGGGCAUCUUCAUCACCAUGAACCCAGGCUAUGCUGGCCGCACGGAGCUGCCCGAAAAUCUCAAGGCCUUGUUCAGGCCAUGUGCGAUGGUUGUCCCAGACUUUGAGUUGAUCUGCGAGAUCAUGCUGGUGGCAGAAGGAUUCAUUGAUGCCCGGCUAUUAGCCAGAAAGUUCAUCACCCUUUACAAAUUGUGCAAAGAACUUCUUUCCAAACAGGAUCACUAUGACUGGGGCCUGCGGGCCAUCAAGUCUGUACUCGUGGUGGCAGGAUCACUAAAGCGAGGAGACCCUGAUAGGCCUGAGGACCAGGUCCUGAUGCGUUCCUUGCGAGACUUCAACGUCCCCAAGAUCGUGACUGAUGACAUGCCUGUGUUCAUGGGCCUGAUCGGGGACCUCUUCCCUGCUCUGGAGGUGCCAAGGAGGAGAGACCUGAACUUUGAGACUUUGGUGAGGAAGGCAAUUGUGGACCUGAAGCUCCAAGCAGAGGACAACUUUGUGCUCAAGGUGGUCCAGCUGGAGGAGUUGCUGGCAGUGCGGCACUCUGUGUUUGUGGUGGGUGGCGCUGGCACUGGCAAAUCACAAGUGCUGAGAUCCCUGCACAAGACCUAUCAGAAUAUGAAACGCCGCCCCGUCUGGACUGACCUCAAUCCCAAAGCAGUCACAAAUGAUGAACUCUUUGGCAUCAUCAAUCCAGCCACGCGAGAAUGGAAGGAUGGAUUGUUCUCCUCCAUCAUGCGGGAUCUUGCCAACAUUACCCACGAUGGACCCAAGUGGAUUUUACUGGAUGGUGACAUAGACCCAAUGUGGAUUGAGUCCCUGAACACUGUCAUGGAUGACAACAAGGUGCUGACCCUGGCGAGCAACGAGAGGAUCCCUCUCAACCCCAGCAUGCGGCUCCUCUUUGAGAUCAGCCACCUGCGCACAGCCACUCCAGCAACUGUCUCCAGAGCAGGAAUCUUAUAUAUCAACCCUGCAGACCUGGGAUGGAACCCUCCCGUGAGCAGCUGGAUCGAUCAGAGGGAAAUGCAGACAGAGAGAGCCCACCUAACCAUUCUGUUUGACAAGUACCUUCCAACCUGCUUAGAAACACUCAGAACCAGAUUUAAGAAGAUCAUCCCAGUCCCAGAGCAAAGCAUGGUUCAGAUGCUGUGCCAGCUCCUUGAGUGUCUCCUGACCAAGAAGGACAUCCCUGCAGACUGCCCCAAGGAGAUCUAUGAGCUUUAUUUUGUGUUUGCUGCCAUCUGGGCCUUUGGUGGAGCAGUGGUCCAAGAUCAGCUUGUGGACUACCAGGCAGAGUUCAGCAAAUGGUGGCUGACUGAGUUCAAGACAGUGAAGUUUCCUUCCCAGGGAACUGUCUUUGACUACUACAUAGAACCAGAAACCAAGAAAUUCGAGCCUUGGUCCAAGCUCAUCCCCCAGUUUGAAUUUGACCCUGAAACUCCUUUGCAGGCAUGCUUGGUGCACACGAGUGAGACCAUUCGAGUUUGCUACUUCCUGGAGCGGCUCAUGAAGCGGCAGCGACCCAUCAUGCUGGUGGGCACCGCUGGCACAGGAAAGUCAGUGCUGGUGACAGCCAAGCUGGCCAGCCUCGAUCCUGAGGAGUACCUGGUAAAAAAUGUGCCUUUCAACUACUACACCACAUCAGCAAUGCUGCAGGCUGUCCUGGAGAAACCUCUGGAAAAGAAAGCUGGAAGAAACUAUGGCCCCCAGGGGAAGAAGAAACUCAUCUAUUUUAUUGAUGACAUGAACAUGCCUGAAGUGGAUGCCUACGGGACUGUGCAGCCUCACACCAUCAUCAGGCAACAUCUGGAUUACGGCCACUGGUAUGAUCGGAACAAGCUCUCCCUAAAGGAGAUCAUGAAUGUACAGUAUGUGUCCUGUAUGAACCCCACUGCAGGCAGCUUCACCAUCAAUCCACGGCUUCAGCGCCACUUCAGCGUGUUUGUCCUCUCCUUCCCGGGAGCAGAUGCCCUCUCCUCCAUCUAUGGCACCAUCCUGACCCAGCACCUGAAGCUAGGAAACUUCCCAGCCUCUGUGCAGAAGUCUGUCCCCCAGCUAAUCAACCUGGCCCUCACAUUCCACCAGAAAAUCGCCACUACCUUCCUGCCAACUGUGAUCAAAUUCCACUACAUUUUCAACCUCAGAGAUUUUGCCAACAUCUUCCAGGGAAUUCUUUUCUCCUCAGUAGAGUGUGUAAAAUCCACACAAGAUCUGGUAGAGCUCUACCUCCAUGAAUCAAAUAGGGUUUAUCGGGAUAAGAUGGUAGAAGAAAAGGACUUUGAGCUCUUCGAUAAAAUCCAGGCAGAAGUGCUCAAGAAAGUCUUUGAUGACUUUGAAGAGACCGCGGCGCAGAGCCGAAGCCUGAAUCUGUACUGCCACUUCGCGAAUGGCACCGGGGAGCCCAAGUACAUGCCCGUGCGGUCGUGGGAAGCGCUCACGCAGACGCUGGCGGAAGCCUUGGAAAACCACAACGAGGUCAACCCAGCUAUGGACCUGGCGCUCUUUGACGACGCCGUGCGCCACGUCUGCCAUAUCAAUCGAAUCUUGGAGUCUCCACGGGGAAAUGCUCUGCUGGUUGGCGUGGGAGGCAGCGGCAAGCAGAGUCUGACCAGACUUGCGGCCUUCCUCAGCUCUAUGGAGGUAUUCCAGAUCACGCUUCGCAAAGGCUACCAGAUCUCAGACUUCAAGGUAGACCUGGCCAGCCUGUGUCUGAAAGCUGGAGUCAAGAAUCUCAGCACAGUGUUUCUCAUGACAGACGCCCAGGUGGCUGAUGAGAGAUUCCUUGUGCUCAUCAAUGAUCUCUUGGCAUCUGCAGAGAUACCAGACCUCUACUCGGAUGAUGAAGUUGAAAACAUCAUAAGCAAUGUGAGGAAUGAAGUCAAGAGCCAAGGCCUGCUUGACAACAGAGAGAACUGCUGGAAGUUUUUCAUAGAUCGUGUCCAACGACGCCUAAAGGUAACUCUCUGUUUCUCCCCUGUGGGGAACAAGCUGAGGGUCCGCAGCAGGAAGUUCCCAGCUAUUUUGAACUGCACAGCCAUUGACUGGUUCCAGGAGUGGCCUCAGCAGGCGCUGGAGUCUGUCAGCCUCCGCUUCCUGCAAAACACGCACAGCAUUGAGCCUACAGUAAAGCAAUCAAUUAGCAAGUUCAUGGCCUUUGUCCACACAAGCGUCAACCACACAUCGCAGGCUUAUCUGAGCAACGAGCAGCACUAUAACUACACAACCCCCAAAUCCUUUCUGGAGUUCAUCAGACUCUACCAAAGCCUUUUGCACAGAAAUGAAAAAGAGCUCAAGUCCAAAAUGGAGCGCCUUGAGAAUGGGCUGCUGAAGCUCCACAGCACUUCUGCCCAGGUGGAUGAUCUGAAAGCCAAGUUGGCCACCCAGGAAAUAGAACUGAAGCAGAAGAAUGAAGCGGCUGACAAACUGAUUCAGGUGGUAGGCAUGGAGACUGAGAAGGUGAGCAGGGAGAAAGCCAUCGCAGAUGCAGAAGAGCAGAAGGUGGCACUUAUCAUGCUAGAGGUGAAGCAAAAGCAGAAGGACUGUGAGGAAGACCUGGCCAAAGCUGAGCCAGCACUCAUGGCAGCCCAGGAAGCUCUCAACACCCUCAACAAGACCAACCUGACAGAGCUGAAGUCAUUCGGUUCCCCGCCUCCGGCCGUCAGCAAUGUCAGCGCCGCAGUGAUGGUGCUCAUGGCCCCAGGGGGCAAAGUGCCCAAGGACCGGAGCUGGAAGGCUGCCAAGGUCACUAUGGCCAAAGUGGACAGUUUCCUUGACUCCCUCAUCAACUUCAACAAGGAGAACAUUCAUGAGAAUUGCCUCAAAGCCAUCCGGCCAUACCUGCAAGAUCCUGAGUUCAACCCAGAGUUCGUGGCCAGCAAGUCCUACGCAGCUGCAGGCCUGUGCUCUUGGGUUAUAAACAUUGUGAGAUUCUACGAGGUGUUCUGUGAUGUGGAACCCAAGCGCCAGGCAGUAAGCAAAGCUACCUCAGACCUCACAGCCGCCCAGGAGAAGUUGGCAGCCAUCAAAGCCAAGAUUGCCCACCUUAAUGAAAACCUGGCAAAGCUUACAGCCAAAUUUGAGAAAGCAACAGCAGAUAAACUCAAAUGUCAGCAAGAAGCUGAAGUGACCGCAGGCACCAUCUCCCUUGCAAACCGCCUGGUUGGAGGACUCGCCUCUGAAAAUGUGAGGUGGGCAGAAGCCGUGCAGAACUUCAAACAACAGGAAAGGACAUUAUGUGGAGACAUUUUACUGAUUACUGCUUUCAUUUCAUACCUCGGCUUCUUUACAAAAAAAUACCGUCAGAGCCUCAUGGAUCAAACCUGGAGACCUUACCUCAGCCAGCUGGUGGUUCCCAUCCCAGUCACCCCAACCCUGGACCCCCUGAGGGUACUGACUGAUGAUGCUGUCGUGGCUGCCUGGAGGAACGAGGGCCUCCCUGCAGACCGUAUGUCUGUGGAGAAUGCCACCAUCCUCACCAACUGUGAGCGCUGGCCGCUCAUGGUGGACCCUCAGCUGCAAGGCAUCAAGUGGAUCAAGAACAGAUACGGAGAAGAUCUCCAAGUGACCCAGAUUGGCCAGAAAGGCUACCUUCAAACCCUAGAGCGUGCCCUGGAAGCUGGAGAUGUAGUGCUGAUCGAAAACCUGGAAGAGUCCAUUGAUCCUGUUCUGGGACCUCUGCUUGGGAGAGAAGUUAUUAAAAAAGGACGCCCCAAAUUCCAUCUGGUGGCACUGACCAUAGCAGAUCACUCCCAAUUAGAUCUCACAAAGCAGCAGAAUGGAUUCAAAAUCACACUCAAAACAUUGGAGGACAACCUGCUCUCUCGCCUCUCCUCAGCAUCUGGCAACUUCCUGGGAGAAACAGCCUUGGUAGAGAACCUAGAGACCACCAAGCAGACAGCUGCAGAAGUGGAGAAAAAGGUCCAGGAGGCCAAGGUGACUGAGGUAAAAAUCAAUGAGGCUCGAGAAUACUACCGGCCAGCAGCUGCCCGGGCCUCUCUCCUCUACUUCAUCAUGAAUGACCUCAGCAAAAUUCACCCCAUGUACCAGUUCUCUCUUAAGGCCUUCAGCAUCGUCUUCCAGAAGGCUGUGGAGAGGGCUGCUCCUGAUGAGAGCCUCAGGGAGCGGGUGACCAAUCUAAUAGACAGCAUAACCUUCUCUGUGUACCAGUAUACCACCCGCGGGCUCUUCGAGUGUGAUAAGCUGACCUACCUAGCUCAACUCACCUUUCAGAUUCUCCUUAUGAACCAGGAAGUCAAUACAGCAGAGUUGGAUUUCUUGCUUCGAUCUCCAGUGCAGACCAGCUCACUAAGCCCCGUGGAGUUUCUCUCCCAUCAGGCCUGGGGAGGCAUCAAGGCACUUUCAUCCAUGGAAGAAUUCCGUAACCUGGAUCGGGACAUUGAAGGAUCUGCCAAAACCUGGAAAAAGUUUGUGGAGUCAGAGUGUCCUGAGAAGGAGAAGUUCCCGCAGGAGUGGAAGAACAAGACAGCCCUACAGCACCUCUGCAUGAUGAGGGCCAUGCGUCCGGACCGAAUGACCUAUGCGAUACGAAAUUUUGUUGAGGAGAAGUUAGGGAGCAAAUAUGUCUUGGGAAGAGCACUAGAUUUUGCAACCUCAUUUGAAGAAUCAGGACCGGCCACACCCAUGUUUUUUAUCCUGUCUCCAGGGGUGGACCCUCUGAAGGAUGUGGAAACCCAAGGAAGAAAACUCGGAUAUACUUUCAACAAUCGGAACUUUCACAAUGUGUCAUUGGGGCAAGGACAGGAGGUUGUGGCUGAGGCGGCACUGGACCUGGCUGCCAAGCACGGCCACUGGGUUAUUCUCCAGAAUAUCCACCUGGUUGCCAAGUGGCUCAGCACCCUGGAGAAGAAGCUGGAGGAACACAGCGAGAACAGCCACCCAGAGUUCAGGGUCUUCAUCAGUGCUGAGCCUGCACCCUCCCCUGAGGGUCACAUCAUCCCUCAGGGAAUUCUGGAGAACUCCAUUAAGAUCACCAAUGAGCCCCCCACGGGUAUGCAUGCCAACCUGCACAAAGCCCUGGACAAUUUCACUCAGGAUACUCUGGACAUGUGUUCCAAAGAGACAGAGUUUAAGAGCAUCCUCUUUGCUCUUUGUUACUUCCACGCAGUGGUGGCAGAGAGACGAAAGUUUGGGCCCCAGGGAUGGAAUCGAUCCUACCCCUUCAACAGCGGGGACCUCACCAUCUCUGUGAAUGUGCUCUACAAUUUCCUGGAGGCCAAUCCAAAGGUGCCCUACGAUGACUUGCGCUACCUGUUUGGUGAGAUCAUGUAUGGAGGCCAUAUCACAGAUGACUGGGACAGGAGGCUCUGCAGAACUUAUCUGGAAGAAUUCAUUAAACCAGAAAUGUUAGAAGGGGAGCUGUCCCUGGCCCCAGGGUUCCCACACCCAGGCAACAUGGACUACAAUGGUUAUCAUCAGUACAUCGAUUCUGAGCUGCCCCCCGAGUCGCCCUACCUCUAUGGCCUCCACCCCAAUGCUGAGAUUGGCUUCCUGACUCAGACCUCAGAGAAACUCUUCCGCACGGUGCUAGAGCUGCAGCCUCGGGAUGGCCAAGAUGCAGAAGGAGCUGGCAGUGCAAGAGAAGAAAAGGGGGAGCUGACCAUGACUAGCGACAUGGAAAAUUUACAGAACGCCCUGUACCUAGACACAGUGCCAGAGCCCUGGGCCAGGCGAGCCUAUCCUUCCACAGCAGGCCUGGCAGUCUGGUUUCUGGACCUCCUCAACCGCAUCAAGGAGCUGGAGGCUUGGACAGGUGACUUUGCCAUGCCCUCCACAGUGUGGCUGACAGGCUUCUUCAAUCCCCAGUCUUUCCUGACCGCCAUCAUGCAGUCUACGGCCCGCAAGAAUGAAUGGCCACUGGACCAGAUGGCCCUACAAUGUGACGUGAUGAAGAAAAACAAAGAGGAGCUCAAGAGCCCUCCUCGGGAAGGGGCCUAUGUCCAUGGCCUCUUCAUGGAAGGUGCCCGCUGGGAUACACAGGCGGGGAUCAUUACGGAAGCAAAGCUGAAGGAUCUGACACCUCCCAUGCCUGUGAUGUUCAUCAAGGCCAUUCCUGCAAAUAAACAGGAUAACCGCAAUGUCUACUCCUGCCCCGUGUACAAGACAUGUCAGCGGGGACCCACCUACGUGUGGACUUUCAACCUCAAAACGAAGGAAAAUCCAUCCAAGUGGGUUCUAGCAGGAGUAGCCUUGCUCCUCCAGAUUUAGCUUCCUGAACAGGCCACUGAGGAAACAUGGCCAAGGGCUGAGCUAGAGAUUCCCUCAGGACAGAGAGGUGAGGGUUGACCACAGACACUCAGAGCUAAGAAAUUACCAGCACUCAGCUUCUUUAGAACUAGGCUGGGAAACUGAGACUGGGCUACAGCUGGGCCCAGGAAUUACUGGAAGGGGAUUCUGUAUUCACCUUUCCUAAUAAAGUGAUUGAUAUUUCAACUGUGUCCAGGCCAGCUUCUGAGACUUGCUGAGUCAUAAGUGAUCUUGAAAAGGCUAAGAGAAACAAGCCACCAACAGUCCCAGCUUUCUUGCACAUCACCUAUCCUUAGUAGUCUAGCUCCAGGUACUGCAAGUGGCAUUGCUACUGCCCAUGAAUAAAGCUUCCAUCCUUACAGCUUUCGGGUGAUUUACAC